AUUGAAUAUAUUGAAUUAAUAUAUGUUUAAUAAUUAGGUAAAUGUUUCAUAAUGAUCUCUACCAGCAGUAAUAAUAGAAUAAUAGUUAUCAUUUAAUAAUAACGCUGGUGCUUGUUCAUCUAUAAUUUCCUUAUUUAUACUCUUAUUUAAAUAAGCUUAUAUACUUUCAUUUUCCUUUUUAAUAAUGAACCUGGAUCUAGAUGAUGGUGUAUUUAAGAUAUUAAUAUGCUGUAAUAUCGGUUCCUUAAAUUUUUUUAAUAAAAAAAAAAAGUAGUGACGGUUAUUAAUAAUAAUUGGAAGAAAAUUCCACAAUUAAGAAAAAAAAAAUUGCCCUCCAGUUCCUUGUUUUUUAAAUAUAUACAGAUUCAAACAUGCAAACAGCUGCCAAGAUCUUUGUCAUUUCUGGACCUUCUGGUUCAGGUAAAUCAACUUUGUUAAAACGUCUUUUCAGUGAAUAUCCCAAUACUUUUGGUUUUAGUAUUUCCCAUACUACACGUAAACCUCGUCCUGGAGAAGUUGAUGGCAAAGAUUAUCAUUUUGUUGAUUUACAAGAUAUGGUAAAGGAAGUUGAAGCUGGUAAAUUUAUUGAAAGUGCUACCUUUUCUGGAAACAUGUAUGGUACUUCUAUUAAGGCAGUUGAAGAUGUGGUUCAAUCAGGCAAAGUUUGUAUGUUGGAUAUUGAUAUGCAAGGCGUUCAAUCUGUCAAAAAGACUUCCUUAAAUCCCAAAUAUAUCUUUGUUCAACCUCCCAGUGUUCAAGUCUUGGAAGAACGUCUUCGUGGACGUGGUACUGAGAAAGAAGAAGCUAUUUUAGCUCGUUUAAGUGCUGCAAAGAAGGAAUUAGAAUAUGGUGCUACUCCUGGUGCUUAUGAUCAUGUCAUUAUAAAUGAUGAUUUAGAAAAUGCCUAUCGUAAUUUGAAAGCUGCUAUUUUUGUUCAAUAAAUAAUAGAUAUAGAAUUUGACAUGUAAACCAUCUAAAGUUCAACAAAUAAUAGACUACUCUUUUUUUUUUUUCUUCCUUUUUUUUUAUAUAUACAUUUAUAAACUUCAAAAGAGCCAAUUAAAUAAACUCAACUGUUGUCCUUUUCGAUUUCUUACCAGUGAUUGUUUUAGUUUUUUUUUUUUUUUUGUUUUUU